UCUCUCGCUGCUUUUAUUCGUCCCAUCAGCUCUCUUUCCUCUUCGGCUUCUCCUACCUCGAUCCUUAACGCUACUCUUCGCCGCCGGCGAACUUCACCUCGACGGAGAUAGUCAAAUCUAACUGUCACGUCCACUUAUUGCCUGCAAGCUUCUUUGAUUCCCCUUAGCUUUUCUUGUCACUUGUUUCUUUCUUUUUAGCCGUGGAUGCUUCGUUAUUGCUGCUACUUUCUUCGUCCACGAUUGCCGAUCGGAGAGGAUUUUUAUCUGUUCCGCCCCUUUUCUAGUUUAUUGUUGUAGAGGAAGAGGAAAUAUAGCCAAUAACGGAGAAGAUGAAAGUCCAGAGUGGAGGGAGGAGGCAUAUCACAUCUUCGCAAUAAAUGCUUGGAGAUGUAAAGGCCAAUGUUCCGUAAGAACGAUUCGGCUCUCUCGUGUUUCUAUCUUUACCUCCUCUGGCUUUUCUUCCGGAAAUAGCCGAGGAAGCCCUAUUAGGAAACGUUGACACCGGUUUUAACAAGCUUAGUUGGAUUGUCUAUAAGCUGUGGGAGCGUUAGUCUGCGUUUCAGAGAUGGUGCUAGAUCUCAACGUGGCAUCUGGUUGCGAGUCGUCGUCGGUGCCGGAGAAGCUCCUGCCAGAAGGAUCUGUUGGAGUUCAAAUGACCGAUUCCGGGACAUCGAACUCCUCUGUUCUCAAUGCUGAGGACUUAAGUAACAUCGGUGACGAGGACUCUUGUUCUAAUCGCCCGGCUUUCAGGUUCAGUAUCUUGAAGGAUGCAGAUGAGGUAGAGGAGUACGGGGAUGAAAUCCGUGUUGCUUCGGAGGCUGACUUGAUCACUCAUCAGCUAUUUCCACCGCAGGCUCAAACUAUUUUAGAUGGCCCGCGGACUGGAACUACGUUCGCGUCAUCUUCGUCCAGGCCGCAUUUGAUAGACCUCAGCUUCUACCAGACUGAUGCGUCGGCAACGGGGGAGGUUAAGCUUCUCAAUCCCCAGCAACAGCAGCCUCAGGUGAAGAAGAGUAGAAGGGGGCCGAGAUCACGCAGCUCUCAGUAUCGGGGAGUCACGUUUUACAGGAGAACCGGAAGAUGGGAAUCUCACAUAUGGGAUUGUGGGAAGCAAGUCUAUUUAGGGGGCUUUGACACUGCUCAUGCUGCGGCCAGAGCAUAUGAUCGGGCUGCCAUUAAAUUUCGUGGAGUUGAUGCUGACAUCAAUUUCAAUCUCAGUGACUAUGAUGACGAUUUGAGGCAGAUGAGAAAUCUGACCAAGGAGGAAUUUGUGCAUAUUCUUCGUCGCCAAAGUACUGGAUUUUCAAGAGGAAGCUCAAAAUAUAGAGGAGUGACUCUUCACAAAUGUGGUCGAUGGGAAGCUCGCAUGGGACAGUUACUUGGCAAAAAGUAUAUAUAUCUUGGGCUAUAUGACAGCGAAGUAGAAGCUGCAAGGGCCUACGAUAAAGCUGCUAUUAAGUGUAAUGGAAGGGAAGCUGUCACCAAUUUUGAACCAAGUACUUAUGAAGGAGAACUUCUUUCCAAGGAUGAUGUGGAAGCUUUUGGCAAAGACAUUGAUUUGAACUUGAGUAUAUCUCAGCCUUCUGUCAGCAAUUUGAAAAGAAAUGUUAACCCAAUGGGUUUACAAUUCCAAUGUGGCCCAUAUGAAGCUUCUAAUGUCAAGAAAAUGAAGGUCGACCAACCUUCUUCCAAUUCAGCUCUUCAAACACAGCACCUGGCUGUGGCACCCGAGCAUCCUCGAGCCUGGAGUAAUGUAUAUACAGGAUUCAUCCCCAUCAAUGAGGAAAAUGCAUUGAACAAGAAGGCUGAGCCAGGCUCAACAAGCUGGCCUUGGAAAUUCCAUAGUCUCUCCCACCUCCCGCUCUUCUCGUCUGCAGCAUCAUCAGGAUUCUCUGCCUCGAAUACAAUAACGAACCCUUCGAUCCAGCCGCCACAAUCGGCGUCAGCCUCUCACCUCUACCAUCCCCACCUCCACCACCCUCCGGCCGCCAGCCAUGGCUUCUUCCAGGGCUGAGUUCCUUGCAAAUCACAGUUGGCAAGCAAGUAGAUUAUCUACACGCUGGGAUGGGAAGCAAAGCUACUACAGACAGUCUUCUUUUGUGUGCUGAGUGCGUUUCUGCUGCAAUGUGAACACCAUUAAUGCCUCUCUCUCUCUCUCUUAUUUCUCUCUCUUGUUUCUCUCUCUUAUUUCUCUCUCUUGUUUCUCUCUCUGGGUUUGUCUCUCUUGUUUCUCUCUCUUAUUUCUCUCUCUUGUUUCUCUCUCUUAUUUCUCUCUCUGGGUUUGUCUGUCUAUUUGUAUGUUAAUGUAGUCAAGGAAGAAAGAAAGGCUAUUCAUGUUCUCUUCUAUUUUGUUUCAAGUCCGAUAACUUUUUCC